AUGCCUAUAAGGACUCCCCUGUAUAACUUGGACGUAAACGCUAGGGAGUUCAUGCCGAGGUGCGACUGGUCUAGAGAUAGCAGACAAUGUUCUGGAAGCUCCAGCGACAGUGAAGAGUCCUUCGAUACCGAGGUCUCACUCAGUAGUAGCAGUUCUGAACCAUAUGCCCAAGUGCAUUACAACCAACACUACAUAGUGAAACCUACAUCGGGCCCCUACCUCGAACGAACCUGCAGUCGAUGCGGUAAACCCUACAUUACCGAUAAGGAAUAUAUCACGAUGGAGAGAUAUUGCUACCACUGGGGUAGGUAG